CUAUAGUUGAGGGUCGAUGGUCGAAAAAGUUUGGCGACCCCUGAUAAAGGCGUAGGGAACACCACCUGCUGUGUUUCUAAUCAUAUGUCCGUUUAAUGAACAAACAUACGAUUAUAUGCAUUCUAAUGCUAAGAUGUAAUGAUGUCAGAAAUAUUUGGCUGCUUUUUUUAGCAGGUUCAGUGACCAUGCGCAGACACUCUUGUUGAGACGUAAUUACUAUUUAGCUGGAUGAGGUUUUUAUCAUUUACCUUGGGUGAGAUGCAAUUAAAGGUGUGAAUUAAUAUAAUUUUAACGUCUCUAUUUGUUAUAUUGGGGACUUUUAAUAUAUGACACCGGUGUCGUUCAAACGCGGGAAUAAUUAUCAACAGCUUCUACACGUGCUUCUAAUUAAGACGAAUCUAAUUAUAUCAGAUGUAGUAAUACCUCGUGUUCAGGUGAACGUUGAUCUCUAUGAAUAACACGAAGCGACUUACCUGAUUUGUGAUUUAAUAUUUCUCUUGAUCACAGCUUUAGUUGGUUGAUCCCUAUUUUACAGGAAAGGGGGAAACAAGCUUUCAAUCGAGGAACUUUGCUCGCCCUUCUUCAUAUUUCAUUUGGACCUUAGAUCGAAAGCACGAAUUGUUUGUAUGCGUGUUGUAGCAAAUAUUGUGCGCAUUUCUACUAUCCAUGGUGGGAAAAACAAACUGGAUUUCAAGAAAGGAUCCUGGUGAACAACAAGUAUUCUAAUGAUUUACGGAUGACAUUGGCAUCAAAGAAAUUUUCUUUUAUAAUGAAUACAUCUUCAACAUUUUUCAUCUUUUAAAGUCUUGAGGAAAAGUUUACACAGAACGCAUCGAAGCCUAUUUCUAUAAAUCUUUGUUAGAAAUUCUAUGAAAUGUUUGCUCUGAACUGAGAUUAAUAGCAACAUUUUUCUAUUUCAUUAGCUGAUGCUUUGCAUUCUCGUUACUCUUUGAUGACUUUCUAAAUUUGUAGCAUCUUUAGAUAUCUGAAGUUUGCAUUGAAAAUAUUUGUAAGGAAUAAACUAUAAAAAGAAGGAUAAAGAUAGGGGUAAAACUUUAAUGUGGUGAGAAAGGCCAAGGAUUGUUUCUAUUUUGAUUUCUCAUAGAAAUGCUGCAAAAUAUGCGAAAAUCAUUGUAUCGUUGUGAUAUCUGUGGUAAGUCAACCACUAGAAGUGCUGCCUUAGAUAGUCACAAGCGUACUCACACAGAAGAAAAACCGUUCCAGUGUGAUAUCUGUGGUAAAUCAUUCUGUCAAAAUAGUGUGUUAACUACUCACAAACGUAUUCAUACAGGGGAGAAGCAAGUUCACUGUGAUAUCUGUGGUAAAUCAUUCUCUAACGGAAGUGCCUUAAUUGUACACAAACGUGUUCAUACAGGUGAGACACCAUAUCACUGUAAUAUCUGUGGUGAAUCAUUCUCUGAAAGCAGUUGCUUAGCUAAACACCGAUGUUUUUAUACCAAGGAGCAGCUAUUUCACUGUGAUACCUGUGGCAAAUCAUUCUCUAGCAGCAAUUACCUAACUAGCCACAGACAUAUUCAUACAGGAGAGAAGCUAUUUUAUUGUGAUGUCUGUGGUAAAUCAUUCUCUGAAAACAGUAACCUAACUACGCACAAACGCAUUCACACAGGGGAAAAACCAUUUCACUGUGAUAUCUGUGGUAAAUCUUUCUCUGUAAGCAGUAGUUUAGUUGGACACAAACGAAGUCAUACAGGAGAAAAGCCGUAUCACUGUGAUAUCUGUGGUAAAUCAUUCUCUCUAAGCAAUCACUUAACUAGACACAUACGUAUUCAUACAGGUGAGAAGCCAUAUGAGUGUGAUGUCUGUGGGAAAUCAUACUCUGAUAGAAGUGCCUUAAUGAAUCACAAACGUAAUCACACAGGAGAUAAGCCAUUUCCUUGUGAUAUCUGUGGUAAAUCAUUCCCUACAAACAGUCGCUUAAAUAGACACAGACGUAUUCACACUGGAGAGAAACCAUUUCACUGUGAUAUCUGUGGUAAAUCAUUUUCUCUAAACUGUGAAUUAACAUCUCACAAACGUAUUCAUACAGGGGAGACACCAUAUCCUUGCUUCUUAUUCCUCUGUGUCAAUUUGCUUCUGAUGAAGCAAUUAGAUGAACAAAGCUGCUCUUUGUGUUUCUCUAGGCUGUGGGUUCGUUUAGUAUCUCAGAUAAAAAGUUGA